UCCUGGGAGCAAGGUUGGCCCUUGGAGACCACUAAACAUUUCCCGAAUUUCUGUACUCAAAAACUCAAUAUUUUCACUGAAUGAGACAAUAAAAUCCACAACAGACUUGUCAGAGUUGUGGAUGAUUGCUUGGUGUCAUUGAAAAACAAAACAUAAUGACAAGUAAUGACUAUAUGCGGCCACAAUCGGCGCUAAGCGGUGGUGUGGAGAGCAAGUCCGAUACACUCUCCAAUAUUUCACAUGUUUCGGUGUAUGGCACAGACAGAAUUGGUCGGGGAAGCAUGCUUUUCUCAGGACCAGAUGGGCUAAGGCCGUAUCGCAUGAGAGUCGAAGAUGAACACCGUUAUGUUGGUAUCGGUACCAUGUCUCCAGAAGGUACAAGUGAAGCAAACUACCUCUGGAAUUCUCCAGAAUCAACUCCACACCAUCGACCAAGGACAGCCAUGGUUGGAGAAAUUGGCUGGGGAGUGACCUUCGCACCUGAUUUGAGAUCUCUUCAAUCUGGAAAACAAAUCAAAUUGCAAGAUUUCCGCCAGGAUUGUGAACAGAGAGCUACCCACAAGCAUUUCAAUCAAGACCAGGAUGUCUGGUAUUCUGGUCCAAGAGAUUCUGCAACCCCGCUUCAUGAUCCUUAUUGGAUCGGAUCUCCUAGUUCAGCUAACCGCAAUUCAAGACGACCAGUGACUGCAUAUACUCCAAAACCCUAUCAAACUCAAGAAAGGAGGCAACCGACGGACCAGAGUUCCACUGCCUCUUCAUACUCUCGGUAGUUUAGCCUAUACUGGUUUGUGAUAGGAUUUGCCUCACUGUGUUGAUGAAGAAUUGUCAUCACUUUCUCACCUGAAGACUGCCUUGCUGUGACACUGGUAUAAGUGUUGAUCACAAGCCGUGAAUUCACAGUUUGCAUGGACAAGUUAUGCUGGGCUUUCGGCCUUUUUACCCCCAGUUUUUGGAAUGGACUCUUCUGAUGCAUUAGCUAGAAAGGUCUCUACGGGGAAAUGUUGGUGAAAAUUAAUGUUGUAUUAGCUUGUAAAAUUGGUACUGGGCCCACAGUACCAUGAAGCUAACAUAGAUAUCUUCAUGUAAUUGUUAACAGUGGGAGAUUUCAUUCUUAAAAUAAGGGUUAGUUUUAGGCUUCUGGUGAAUGUGUACCAGUCUUUGCAAUAUUCCUAAUGACACACAAAAUAUAAUCUGGUUCUACGGUAUUGGGUACAUGGUAUGGUAUGAUAAUAAGCUGAUAUAUCUGUGAUAUGCACAUUAAGUCUUCUUAAUCUAAUCUUAAGGGUGUCAAUUUGUCUGUGAUAAGUGACUUGCACUGCCAUAAGUAUCAACCCUGUAGGGCACAUCAUUUAUCCUUUAAAUUUUCUAUCUAGAAAAAAACAAAAAAGUCAGUUAAUGCUGGCCUUAUUUCAAAGAGCAAAAGAUAUAGGGUCUGAAGAUUUUAUUUUAAAAGAUGUACGUCCUACAGGGUUAUUUGAUAAUCCGUCAUUUGUUUAUAUUAACCAGGUUGGUAAACAGAUAUUUGCACGGUUACUUUCCUGCACAAAGAUCAUCGCCAUUGAUGAAACUGAUUUAAAAGUAUUUAACUUGCACAUGAUUGCGUAUGUCUUAUGAUCUUCUCCAGGGCGUAGCCUACAAGUGUCCCUAAACAACAUCAACUUUUCUUUCAAAUGAUAGAAAUCAUGAAAUAAAACUUUUUAAAACCGUUUGGUCCCGAAAGAUAAUCAGGUUUGAAAACAGAAACACUUUUUUUCGUGAUACUCUGUAGAGAUAGUUCUAUCUAGUACUUUUUGCUGAGUAGAUAAAAACUCAAAUUAGUCGUCAAUCUCCUUUGCAGUGCUCUGCAGAAGGAAAAGUAGAGCAUUAUGUUUGCUAUGCCUUUGCAUAAUAUUCAUCAGCUUUUAUUCAAAAAUAUGCAAAUUUUUUAAACGCUCUGUGAUACCUUUUGCUAGAUUAGUGUUUAUCAUGUUCGCAUGUUUCAUCAUGUUUUGGGUGCUUUUAUUGAUAGAAUUACUUUGGCCUGUCUCUCUGUAUGUUGUCUGUUUAUGUGGCUUCCGUCCUUUUUGUGAUGUUAUUGCUAAAUUACACAUUUUUGAUGGGCAGGAAGAAUAGUUUUAUUGUCAAAUUCUGUACCGUCAUGUAAAUUUCAUAAUAUCACUAAACACA